GAGAGAGAGAAGGGGGGAGGCGGCGAUCUUGGAGUCUUCUGGCUGCUCGCGUCACGAAUGUUUUUGCUCGCCAGGGACCUAACCUACUUCACGGACACGGCGCUCGAACGAUAACGCACACUCCGGCGGGUGCGAGUUUCCACGCGCGCAAUAUCGCCGCGCGCUAUCGGCCCCGGCGGCGAUACGAUGACUUCAUUCUCUCGCGUCGCAGCCACUUCCUUGUUCCUUUGUCAGUACCGUCGUGACGCCCGCGCGCCCCGAACGUAAUCUAUACGACGUUUUUGCAUUCGCCGUUUUGCAGGACGCGGCACACUUGGUCACACGGCCACGGCCACGAGGACAUCUCCGGAGGCGCGGCCUCGACUCCGGUUGAUCCUCUGCGACCCUUCGGCAUCGCAGCGACCGCGAAGAUGCUUCAGCGACGAGACCGUGGCGGAAGACGUGACGGUUUCCCUGUGACGUACCACCUUGCUGAUAGCGCGCAAGAUGAACUCGCUGCUGAAGAUGUCGAUCGUGGGCAACAAGAGGAACCUGCUGGUCCGGGACUCCCUGCAGAAACAGCUCAACACGAGCGUCAUGGAGAUGCAGAGCGCGCCGGGGGUCGCCGACGACGGCGUUGUCGGCAACUGCGACGAGAGCAUGACCCUGUGCUCCAUCCUGGAGGCUAUAUUUCUGCACGGCUUGAAGGACAGUCUGUUGAAUCGGGUGACGGAGGCUCUCAGUGGCCCCGACUUCGAUGCCAUGCCGCAGCCAAGCUUCUGGGGCCCGCUGUUGGUAUUCUCGCAUCGUCAAAUCAUAGAUCAGAUCCAGGCGUUAAGCCAAGUCACCACAGAAGUCGGAUAUUGCCGAGCGUGGAUACGACUGGCCCUGAACGAGGGUCUGUUAGCUAGCUACUUUUGCGCCAUAAGGAGGGAAAAUUCGGCCCUGAAGCCGUAUUACAAUCGGUCGGCCUACAUCAGGGAUGUCGAUCUCGUCGAGGUCGCCCAGAGAUUGAUCGAAAAUUUGGAUUACGUGCGAUUCGAGUUAGCUUGCAACAGCAGCCUUUUAAACUUCUGGUCGUCCACCCCUCUGCUCAUAGCCGGUAUAUGGUCCCCGCCGAUGAAGUCCUGUCCCGUAUUCAGCGCGGUGGAUAUCGCCAAGACGAUAAACAGCGAGCCCGCCGAUAACUUCGACGAAGUCGAGACCGCGAGUUCCAUUGGCAGCUCCAUCGGAAUAGGAUCCUUCACCUCCACGCAGUCCGUCUUUAAUAACGUGACCUCCAUCACGGAAGACGAGGCGCUGAAAAUCAUUUUGGCUAAAGAACAACGAUCCAACGACGUUAUCCAACAGUUGCACAACAAUUCUGCGGCGAGUGCCGUAGCGAGCGGCGCGCAAGAAGACGAUACGAUGAAGAACCGAGAAGAGGAUGAGAUACGACAAGAGAGAGAGAUACGACAAAUAUCAAAUGGCAAUGCGGAAAAUAAGAAUACGGAUAACGUAUUCGCCGCUGAUACGGAGGAUCCGUUGUUGCGAGAUGUUCCGAGAGACAACGAAGUCGUUAAUGAUACCACCGCGGCCACCACAGUCGGCAAUUCAUUGAUAGGAAAGUUAGGAUGGUCAACCUCGUUCGAAGACUGCCAGUCUUCUUUGACUUCACCUUCUGUGAUAUCUCACGGAUCAGGCGCGGAUGCGCCUCGCACACCCGGCGAUGGUCCUACGUACGACGCCCUCAUCCAGAGUUAUCAGAUCGCUGGGAGUAGCUCGGUGUCGGAUCUGCAAGAAUUCCUGAAGAGAUAUCCGAAGAGAGAGACCGUUGAGGAGGAAUCCAAGGCUCAGCCUGAACCGAAGGCUGUGAUAAAUUUCGACGAGCAACUAGGUAACAUCCCGAGGGAAAAAGGUUUGGACAUACAAAAUUAUAGUUGUUUCGAUUGCGGUUACGCGAUCGGGAUGACCUUCUCCAAGGCGCACGUGUGCGCAUACUCGGGCAAUUAUUAUUGUUUAAAGUGCAUGGCCGAGGGGCAGUAUCUCAUACCGUCGCGUAUGAUUCACAACUGGGACUUGAAGCAAUAUCCCAUUAGCCGAAAAGCCGCUUCGUAUCUGGAAGGCAAGCCCGCUCUGAUGGACCUGAAGAUCUUGAACCCGCGGAUUUACAUGGCCGUAGACACUAUGGCGCAAUUGCAAUCCUUGCGGAUCCAAUUGAACUUGCUGAGAGCGUAUUUGUUCACGUGUCGCGAACCCAUUAUCGAAUCGCUGCAGAAAAAGGUCGCCCCGAGGGACUACCUGUACGAACACGUUCACCAAUAUUCCAUUACCGACCUCCUCGAUAUCCCCAAUGGCAUCCUCGCGCAGCAACUUCAAAAAGUCGUUGAAUUUGCAAGGAAUCAUGUAAUAAAUUGUUGGCUCUGUAGUCAGAAGGGUUUUAUAUGCGAAGUAUGUAACGAUACGAAAGUCAUUUAUCCUUUUGACAUGGAGUCUACAUUUCGGUGUGGAGCAUGCAACGCCGUAUUUCACGCGGAUUGUUUAAAUGCCAGUAAACCGUGCCCCAAAUGUGAACGCAGACGUAAACGGAUGGACAUGCCUCUUUUAGAUAUGGGAUGUACAGAUCUGCCGAACAGCAGUGAAUCGCCUCCGUUUGAUACGAAUUAAAAUGUACCAUUGUUUCGUU